AUGGCAGCAAAUGAUCCGGUUGAUGCGGAACUGUUGAAGAAGGCCGAAGAAGAGAAAGAAGAAGAGAAGACCUUAAAAGAGUUGAAGUUCUAUCAUGGCUAUCUACCACGUGAAGAUUUGCUGUUUGUAUUAAAAAACGAGGGAGAUUAUCUUUUACGUGUCAGCGAAGUUGGAAGCGGGGACAAAACAGUGGAACCUGACAUGAUGAACAAAAGAGCUAUCAUACUUUCUGUUCUAGUAGACGUCCACCUUCCGCCGAGGCUGCAUCUCCAGUAUUGGCAUCCCCCACCCCCCAACCGGGAA